AUGGAGCCACCUCCUCUCUCACUGACCUCUGUGUCUUCCGAAUUUCUACAAAUGGAAGACAACAUUUCCAAAAUUUUUGAUAGUACUAUCUCAAGAAAGACGAUCAACAAACAAAAAUCUGAAAGCAAAUCUGACCAUGACAUUUCGAACCUUGACACAGGCAUAUCUACGACCAAGAAACUUGACUCUGAGACCCUUGAGAAAAAGAUAUCCAAAUCAAAACGGACGACCGCUUCAACCAAGGGAACAUCUUCUACAGCAACAUCCAUUCUCAGCACUGGCAAGAAGGUUAAAACUGCUUCCUCGUCCAUUUCCGGUACAAGUAGGAAGAAGCAAACUAAGAACAACAAGUUGUUAAAAAAGACCAAAACCAAGUCGAAAAGAGCUCAAGAGCUAGAGCUCACUGCGAUGGAAAUCUGGGAGAGGAAUGUGGGCAAGGAUUACAGCAAGUAUCACAAACAGCACCAAGGAAUUAAUAACAAGUCGUCGGCCCCCAACAAUGAGAACAACUCCAAGAAGACUACUCCCUUCCCAGAAAUGAUGGUGGGUGUGGGUGUAGGUGCAACUGCCCACAAGUCGGCCUUCAUCAAAGGUUCCACUCCUCGCACUGCAGCAGCUGCCACGACAUUGACGAAGUUGCGACAAGCCAAAAAGGCGAAGGGGGGUCCGAAGGUCCUGGCGAAAACCAGCAGCACGGGAGUAAGCAAUGGGUCAAACUCUGCUAUUUUGGAGUCAACUAACUCCGAAAGUGGGGAAAGUCCAGUCAAUACUCUCAACUCUGCGGAGGGCCUUGGCGGUUGUGCUACUAAGAAAUCUCGGAAAGGAAGGGGGCCAUCCUGGCAAAUGAACAUUCAGGAAAUUGAAAAUUUUAUUGCAGAGAAAAACUCGGAAAAAAAGUCUGAAAAUCGUACAAGGAAAGUGAGAGGUGUUCAAGUUACAAAAUGCAAAGACGCCCCGAUUACGGAGAUAACAACUGCCCAACCGUACAACUCGGGUGACAACAUGGUCAGAGAAAGGUCAGAUGGGGAUUUUGAAAAUGCUGAAAUGUUGGUAGAAGAUAUAUUACUUCCGGAUAAAGACGCUGUUCUGGACUCGAUUGAUGGAGAAGGAGAGAAUCAAAUGGUGCAGGAUUCCUCCGAAAUCGGUGAUCAAGGAAAACAACUGAGAUUAAUUCGCCCUUCAACUAAGGAAGUUAGUCCAGUUACACACGUUACAAAAAUUGUACCUCCUCUCUUACGAGCUGCAAAUAUGAUGCAAAUGUCCCAGUACUUGUCAAGGGUUCAGACGUAUUUUGAUCAACUUGGAUAUCAUCGAGAAGGGGAACCGAGCACAACGAUUAAUCUUCGACUCUCAAUUAAACACUUGAUGUCUACGGCCAAAGGCUUGAUAAAAGUGGGUCAACCAAUUAAAUGUUUACAUGCUUUGGUUCUAGCUGUGUACUUUACAAACCAUGUUCCACUCGUCGAGAGAUUCCCUAUCCACUUCAAGUCAAAAGUAAAGGGGAGAGAGUUCAAACACGUUGUUCUUGGAGUAUAUGUCCAGGGUCAUUUCGGUGCUUUGGGAAUAAGUCGUGAUCAAGGUCUUCAGGACAAACCGGCAACUUACUUACGACUUGCUGAUUUGAUUAAUAAUUAUUAUCAGUGUUACAAUCAGAGUGGACAUUUUCUGAAAGAGUUGAAAAUUGGAAAUAUCAUCACCCAUGAUCCUCACAGUAUCGAACAUCUCACUUGGAAAUUGGGGAAAGUCAGUUUCGACUUGGAUCCUGAGCAGAUUGAGAUCGAAAUUGAAAAAAUUUCAAGGAAAUUACGAUCUCAGAUGGGAUCUGUUUGUCUUCGUGGAGUCAGACUUGACCAGUACAACCCUGGUCCACCUCUGCAACAACGACCAACCCCCAAGACUGGACCUGCAGGAAUUAUUCGUCCAACUGGAAAAACUGCCAACCAAUUUCUUGGUGACCCCAUUCAAACAAUGCAACGACGAUCAAGGUCCAUUCCAAGCCACCCUUCUGACGAGCAGCAAUUACCGACCAAUCCUCGAACUUACACUCGAUCUCGACCCCCUCAUCACAAAACAAGCAAUAAGAAAUAAAUUCUGUAUCUACCGUCUGAAAAAAAAAUCAACAUGCCUUCACUCACGACAUUAUAGUAUUCUCGAAUAAUGUCGUGCAACUUUUUCCAAUGCAGGAAUACUUAUAACUAAUUAAACUGUCUUUAAGCUAUACGAUGAAACAAUAUGUAAAUACUCAUGUGCAAUUCCUUACUGCAAAUAAAAUUGAAAGUGACACACUCGA